AUGCUUGGGGAUCCGAAUACACCAUCCGCAUGGGGGGCCCAUGUCGACGGAGCUGCCGCAUUAGUGAAGUUUCGCAAUGCAAAGGGAGUGCACACGUCCCUGUCACGCAGUAUGUUCAGGUUCAUCCGGAGGAACGUGGUUUUGGGACAGAUGCAGAUGUGUCGGCCGGUUGACGAAGUCUUUUCUGACACAGAUGUGCCGCUGUCUCCAACCCAAUGUCCGGAAGAUUAUCUUGUCUGGAAAGCGGCCCAGAUCUCUCACAUCCAGUACCGGAGCAACUGCUUGUUCGCGCAACGGCAGGACCCCGGCAAAACCGAUGUUGAGGAUUUGUUCCGCAGUGCCAGUGUUCUGGAUCGAGAAUUGUCGGAGUGGUCGUGCACUCUCCCCGCAACCUGGUCCUACUUGGCUGCCAUGAACAUCGACAGCCUGGGAGGAUCGCGGUUUGUUCCGCUUCAAGUGCACAGAUACACAGACCUCUACACUGCUCGCGUCUGGAACUUCUAUCGAGUAUCACGGCUGAUUGUGCAGUCAGUCAUCAUCCGUACAGCCUCUUGGUUGUCUGCCGCAACGGAACCGGGUCCGUUCAUGGACGUGGGGAGAAUCGAGAGCAGCAGUCGUGAGUUGGUCAACGAUAUAUGCGCGACCGUCCCGUUUCUCCUGGGGCACGAUUUGUCCAAGAUGAAACUUCCUAUCUCGGAAAGAGGCGGUCGCCAGGGGACAAGAGCAGAUCAGCCCACGACAAAGAGAAACAGCCUCACAAGCACCGGGGGGUUUUCACUUAUAUGGACCCUCUUUGUUGCCUGCAGCUGUUCGCCAGUGCCAGAGGCUCAACGGGAGUGGAUGCUUGCGCAACUACGGUGUCUAUCGGAGCUAUGGGAGACGCAAGCACGGUUUGCGUGUUCCGAGAAGAGCGAACUCCUUUUAGGCGGUGCCGAUAGCGUUCGGUUCGACUGUGUUUGA